GCCGUUCAAAUAGGAAGUCCCUUUCCCUACUAGCGUGCGUUGAAACGGGCUCCUUUCCUUUGACCUCUCAUCCCAUUUCUUUCCCCUCAGUCCUUCCAUUCUUUCUCAUUACUACGUCCUAUAACUCUCACAACGCAUGCCUUCUGCGUCCCCUAUCUUUAUACCAAGUGCUGACUACGGCCAUUCUUUCCGUCGUGGAUCUUUAACACAAACCAUUCUCCAUAACGGGCCAACGAAACGGCCGUCCAUAAAGGGUGGAAUGUCUUACCAUUCAUCAAAGUCAGAUCGGCGCUGGAAGUGGUGGCAUUAUCUGAUACUUUUGCUCCUGUUGUUUGCCUUUGUCGAGUUGGCUAUUGUCGUGGUUGGAUAUGCGCUACUUCAUGAUCAGCCCGCUCCAAUUUCUAUCGCGCUACGAAAAUUCCCAUCUGUACCUUACAAACAUUUGGAUACGAGAAGUCAGCUCAAAUUGGAGAGAGGAACAACCGUCUAUCAUGUUACAAAGGAGUUUGGUCCGGCUUCUAUGGGUGGGAUGGGCAUGGUCUUGACAGCACUUGCCACUGCCCAGCAACAAACGAAUCGUGUCGACGUUUCUGUCGUUAUGCCAUAUUACUCAUACUUGAAGAACAAGCACGAAAUCACCAAGGUGACUGACCUUACUAUGGACAUUCGAGAUAAAAAUGGUCGCUUAAUGCCUGUGGAAUUCCGGGUUUCUAAACUGGAUUUUGUGUAUGGCGAUAACCCUGAAAGCACCAAUGCCACCACGGAAAUGCCACCGAACCCACCAUCUCAGGUCGUACCAGUAUACCUCAUUGGCCCUGGCAACAAGUCGCCUUUUAACCGUGCCUUUCGAGUAAAAAAUGUUCUCAAUAUUUACUCUUCUCCCAAUGGAUUACCUCAAGAAUGGAAGGAUCAAUACUUUUGUAAAGCUGUAGCUACAUUCCUGGCCCAUCAAGUCAAUAGCGAAGAGCAAUCUUUAUUCGCACCUGUAACUCGGCAUAAUCGGGUCGACGUCGUGCAUUUGCAUGGUGCUACCAACGCAUAUGUGGCAAAACAUCUUCGUGAAUCCAUUGAGCUGGAAGAAAUGGGUCCGAAGCCACCAUCCAUUGUGUAUACAAUGCACGACUACCUUGAUGAACUACAGUACACCAACACCAUCAAGAAUGUAGGCAAAUUUAUUGGAAAUCGUGAUGUGGAUGAGGCUUUGUCAGAAAUGCAAAACUACAUGCAUGGCCAUCGCAUGUUCAUGUCAAGUCUUGCUAUUGAUAGUGCCGAUGUUGUAACGAUUGUGAGCAAGAGUAUGGCAAAAGAGAUUGUAGAAGGACGUUUGGACUUUUAUCUCAAGGAACUGGUAAUGGAUAGUCUUUUGCGGAAGGCUCAGAAGCACCAUUUCUUUGGUGUCAGCAAUGGUGUUGAUUUCACCACCUUGAAUCCUUUCACAAGUAAGAAGUUGACCACUCGGAAAUGUUCAUUCCCGCCCUACGCCCUGGAUAUGAUAGACAAUGGUGCCGGCACCAUCCCUUCUCCCACCCACUCUGAUGAGCUCUACAUCGAUCAGCAACCCAUGAUGACUAAGUCACUUGCUCGAAAAUGGACCAUAUCGGAUGAGCCAAAUGAUUUUGUUACCACUGCCAAAGAUCGAGCAAAGCGGUUUUUGGUUCGACGUGGACUGCUCCACGAGGAUGAUUUAAAACGCCCUGUGGUGCUCUUUAUUGGUCGAUUCCAGUAUAACAAGGGCCUCGAAUUUUUCCAGAAAGCCGCCGAGUACUUUGUACAAUAUAACGCAAAGUUUGUUGUCAUUGGCCAGCGUAAUAACUAUCCGCUGGAAUGGGUCGAGCAAUUGCAAACACGUUACCCUAACAACGUUGUGGUCAUUUCUGAAGCCAAGGAACAGCGACAAUGGUCUGUGUUCUUCCGAGCUGCCGCUGACUUUGUGUUUGUACCAAGUCUGACAGAGAGUUUCGGAUUGGUGGCUGCUGAAGGUCUUCUGUUUGGUGCUGGUGUGAUCUCCUCUGGUGUAGGUGGCCUCAAGGAGUUCCUGAUUGAUCGCCCACCAAAUUUCUUGAUGACCGGAGCAGGCAAAGCUGGAAUCACCAAAGAUGAUUCCGGUCUUACAGUGGUUGAUACUGGAGAUGCCUAUAAUGCCUAUCUAUUCAAUGCUUUGGAGCCCAAUGUAGACAUACUCAAUCAAGGCUUGGAACACGCUAUCUACGAUGCUGUUACGGAUUUCGAACGAAUGGUCAAUACUAAGGCAUUGCGAGAAGACUAUGCUUUACGCAUGGUGUCUAGCGCAAUUGCUUUGGGCUGGGACCGUCGACAGGGUCCAGUGGAAGAGUACCUCUACGCAUAUCAAGUUGGUUUGGGUGAUAUCAAAGUACGUGAUCUGGAAAGACACGAAAUCGAAGAGGAAAGAGAAUUGCUGGAGAUGAUUUUCAGGGACGGAGGAGAAGGUGGUCUCAUACAGCCUGUUUCUGCGUCUACUUUUUAAAAGGCAUUCCUUUCUGCCUGUCAUUCUAUAGAUAUAUGUUUGAAUUCUUCGCACAAAAAAUAACUGUACAGUUUUGUUUGUCUUUUUGUUUCCUCUAUCCUUUUAUUCAUUGGAUUUUCCAUUCUCAACCCGUCAUAUAUCACGUCAAUUUAGUUUCAUAGUUGAUCUCAAUCGCCUAACAGCCUUAAGAUCUCAUAUAAACAUACACUUUUACACUUUU